AUAGUGACCUUUGCAACAUGUUUCCUCCUUAUACACAUUAAUACUUCAUGGUGGUGAAGUUGUGUGUUGUCCAAUGAUUAACUACUGGACUGAUAAGGCAGAAAUAAGAGUGAGAAAGACAUUGGGGAAGACACAGAGAGCAAAGGAAAGAACCACGUCAGAUAGAGAAGUAAAUUCAGCAUAGAUAAAGGAAGGACGUUGACUCAGCAGCUGCUGUUUGAGGGGCAAAAAGAGGAAGAGGAAAGCUUUGACAGUGUCCAAGUGCACGCUGGGUUUCUCAUGUUGCGGCUGUUCUCCUGCCGUGGUAAAUGUACUCCAUGGAGGACACACAGGUGGACAGGACCAUAGAGCUGAAUGAUGGCACACGAAUGCCAGUUUUGGGUCUCGGGACUUGGAAGCCCUCAGCCCUUCCCCGCACCUCAGUCCAGGGUGCAGUGGAGGCCGCCAUCGCAGCAGGCUACCGCCACAUAGACACCGCCUACUGCUACAACAAUGAGGUCGAUGUUGGCAGGGCUCUGUGCUCCAAGACAAAGCAGGGCAUCAUCAGGCGCCAGGACAUGUUCAUCGUCAGUAAGUUGUGGGGUACCUUUCAUGCCCCAGAUGACAUCCCUGUGUGCCUGAAUAAGUCUCUGAAGGAUCUCCAGCUGGACUAUCUGGAUCUGUACCUUGUGCAUUUCCCUGUUGGCCUAAAGAAAAUGGGUGAUGACCUUUUCCCAGAGAAGGACGGCAAGAUGCUGACCUGUGACAUAGACUACGUGGAUGUAUGGAGGGGGAUGGAGGCCCUGCAAGCAUCGGGACAGGUGAAGAGUAUUGGUGUGUCCAACUUCAGCCUCCUGCAGCUGGAGAGACUUCUUGCUCUGUGCAGGGUGCCCCCUGCUGUCAAUCAGAUCGAGCUACAUCCCUACCUGGUGCAGACAGAUAUGAUAGAGUUCUGUAAAUCCAAGAACAUCGCCCUGACGGCCUUCAGUCCUUUUGGCUCGCCUGAGAGACCCCCAGACAUGUUGAUGGGAGACACUGAUCCACAUAAGCUCCUGGAGGACCCAGUCGUAGCAGAUAUAGCCAAGAAGCACCGACACAGCCCUGCACAGGUAUUGCUGAGGUACCAUGUGCAGCAGGGUAUUUCAGUCAUCCCUAAGAGUGACAAGCCUCAUCACAUCCUUGAAAACACAAAGAUAUUUGACUUCAGUCUGACUGAAGAAGACAUGAGAGCACUAAGAGGACUGGACCGAGGGUGGAGGGCCUGCGUGCUCGAUGAACUCAAGUCUCAUCCGUACUACCCCUUUGUCUGAGGCUGCCUGGUGAGUGGAGAGAACUGACAGCACAUGGAUCUAUGAAGACCAUCAACAUCAACAAGAGUCUACUGUACCUGCAGUCUCACACACCGUAUUCAUCAGUGCCUGGUUUACAUAAAAAUAACGAUAGAAUGGGAAGAGGGAAGACAAAUCUGGUGAUUCCUCUUUUUUUGCUUCUGCUAGGCCACAUUAUUCAAUAACACAUUUAUUUUCAUUGUUAUGCAGAUGAUGCGCAGGUUUACCUCCCCCUAGAGCCUAAUUACAAAAACAAACUAACUUACCUCAGCAACUGUCUUCAAGACAUCAAAUCCUGGAUGGCUGCAAACUUUCUCCAGCUCAGUGAAAAUAAAACUGUAAAUGGACAGCAGCAUUUGACCAACAUUCCUUUUCCUCAUCUCGUCCCUUUGGUUAAAUCCCCCUGUAAAUCACGUGCUGAAAAAACUUGAGACUUGUAUUUUAUGAUUGAAGUCAAACAAAUGAAUCAGGUAGUACAAACGUACUGUAGCUCUGCAUCACCUCCAAACUCAGGGCAAGUCUCUGCACUUUGGAUCUGAAGAAAUUCAUUCUUUCCCUUAAUAUCCACCCGCCAGUGGUGCAGUGUAACUAAGUACAUGUACUACUGUACUUAGGUAGAACUUUGAGGUACUUUUAUUGUACUCAAGUCUUUUCUCGUCAUGCUUUCUAGUUCUAUGUCAGUCAAAUGUUGUACUUUUUACUCCACAACAUUAAUCUGACAGCUUUAUUUUCUAAUUAAUUUACAAAUUAAGAUUUUUGCAAACAAAACACAUCUAUAGUUUAUAAAAUACUACACAACAAUAUAAUGUAGUACAAGUCCAGCUGAAAUGAUUAGCUAAUUAAACACUUAGUUGACAUGUAUUUUCAUUCAAUUUUCCAUUACUGCCUGAGAGAGUGCUGUGUGAGUGGCUUCUAUGGCAGAAAAGAGAAAUAUUUUGUGAAAUGGUCUUAAAGUUAAAACAGAUUAUAUUCAUACAAUUAGCCUUUGUUGCCAUUAUAUCAUAUGCAAAUAAAACCACUGUAGAUUGAGCACUGUGUAAAACGUUAACAGCAUUUUAUUUUUU